AUGUCCUACAACUGUUCCACGAGAAACUGCUUUUCUAGGCCAACUGGAGGCCACUGUGCUGUCCCAGUGGCCCCCGUUGCCACGGCUUCUCCCCAGGAUGCUGACUGCCUGAGCGGCAUCUACUUGCCCAGUUCCUUCCAGACGGGCUCCUGGCUCCUGGAACACUGUCAGGGGACCACUGGCGAGUCCACUGCGUGCCAGCCCACCUGUUACCAGCCAAAUCCUUGCGUCUCCAGCGCCGGACAGGUGACCUGCUCUCGACAGACCACCUGUGUCUCUAAUCCUUGCUCAACCACCUACAGCCGGCCAGUCACCUUUGUCUCCAGUGGCUGUCAGCCCCUGGGUGGCAUCUCUACUGUGUGCCAGCCGGUGGGCGGGGUCUCCAUGGCGUGCCAGCCAGUCUGCGGGGGCUCCAGGACAUACCAGCGGUCCUGCAUGUCCAGCUGUCGAAGAACUUGCUAA